GCAUUCCCUCAACAACGAGUCUAAUACGAUAUAUCAUGUUAUAUCAUCUUAUUUUAUCUUAUGUUACAUUAAACUAUAUUUUUAAGGUCAGAAUAGUUUUAAAGUGUUAACUUUCCCACCAGUCCCUGAAGGCAGCGUUCCCUAGCAGCAGAUGCACUCUAGUCAGCUUCUAGGACAUUUUUCUGUGAACCUUCUUUGAAAAAUGCCCCAAUAAAUGAGUCGAUAUAAACAAAGAUAAGCAAGAAAUUUAGAGUUUAAGAUAAAUAUACAAUGAUGGGAGAUAUAAUCGGUUCAGACGACAAAGAGAAGUUGAUAUAUUCGAUGCAAAUUAAAUAUCUGGAUCAGCAGUUGGAGAGGCUUCAGCUCCGGUGUGACGAGCUGGAGCAGCACAACCAAGACCUGGCCUCCGGCUGCGUCGCCAUGACGACAGACAAGGCGGACGUCGCCGGGUACUUGAAGAUCGCAGCGGCCGAAGCUCAGGUGAAGCUGGCGGAGCUGGUGGAGCUGGUGGAGAGCCAAUCGGCGGCCAGCGACCGAAACACAGAGGCCCUGAAGCUGCAGCACAGCCGGCGGGAGACGGAGCUCCAAGACCGGAUCAACAAGCAGAACUCAGACAACACGAAGCUGGCGGCAGCGUUGGAGGACCAGCAGGUGCUGGAGGAGCAGCUGACGGAGCUGACGGAGCAGCAGUGUGACGUGGAGGCGGUGAAGGAGAAGCUGUUGUAUCUGAGGGAGGAGCUUGAACUCACCGUCUUCACCUUGGAGGAGGACGCAGAGUCGGAGUGGCAGAAGGAGCUGCAGGAGAGGCGCUCCAUGGAGGAGGAGCAGAUGGAGAAGAAGAUCCAGAACACGGUCCAGGAGGAGAGGGCUCAGCACCAGGAGAUCCGUCAGAAGGUGUGGCUGCUGGUGGAGGAGGAAAGCGCUCUGCUGGAGGAGAUAAUCCAGCUGCAGCAGAGCGCCGUGGAGUCGCAGGUGGAGGACUCGCAGAGAGAGGUGGAGGCGCUCAGGGGGAGGAGCCUGGCCUGCAGGAAGGGCCUGGAGGAGAUGAGGAAGACGAGUCACCAGCUGAAGGUGAAGCUGCAGGAUGGUGGCACCACCAACGAGAGGCUGCAGCUGGAGGUAGAGGCUCUCAGACACCUCCUAACCCAAACCACCGAGAAGGAGCGCCAGAGGACAUCGGAGGCCGAGGAGCUGAGGGCGGAGCUCCGGAGGGGGAGGAGCAGCAGGAGGAGCCUAGAGGCCGUCCUCCAGGAAUCAGCCGUCGUCCUCAGCCACACGCUGAAGGCCUCGGUGGGGACCUCCAGCUAUCGGGGGGAGAUGCUGAGGCUGCUGGAGAUCCUGCAAAGCGCCGCCCCCCACGGACCAGGACCCACGCCCGAGGAGCUCGACAGAGGACAGAGACCUCAGACCAGAACUCAGACCCCUGAUCCCUUGUUCCUGAUGGCCUGCUACAGACCAGGUGACCUGGGCCUCGUGCCCCGCCCCUCAUGGAAACAAGACCCCGCCCUCCCUGAGACUCCGCCCCCUCCCAGCAGACCUGUGAGGAAGGAUUCCUCGUACAUGAGACACGUGUCCUCUCAGAACUCUGCUCCCCGUCCCUCAGGGAGCUCUGAGGGUCCAGAUCAUGAAUGA